AUGAAACCUCUUAGGGUCUAAAAAAAUAAAUACAAAGUUUCAACUCAUCCCCCUGCAAUGUCUGUUUAUCAGUGAAACAAAAAAAAUCAACCCUCUGCUGCGUUUUUUCUAAAAUUUCCAAUUAAUAUGACCUACCCUCUAAUGAUCACUAUGAGCGAUUCAGACAGGGAAGCGGGUACGAUAGACAAAAAUUGUCUUAUUUCACUACAGAGCGAUUGGAAUUUGGCUUUAAAAAACAUUGGCGAGGAAGUGUGGGUAACUUGGAAAUCAGAAGGGAACCCGACACUCCAUGGUACGAUUAAAAGGAUCAACGAUUCUAGUGACUGCCACACUUCAAUCGGAACCAGCAAUGGUUUUAAAGUGGUUCAUUUGAAGGGAAAUAUGAUUCAAGUAGGGCACUGCAUGUCCAGCCGCUCAACAAUAUUUGUAGCGCCUUCGCAGUAUGUCACGUCGGUGCACGAAAAAAAAAGUAUCAGUUCUGUUGCUGUGAAUGCUGAUGGUUUAGUGGUUUCUGCAAUAGGCGAGAAAAUGGUAGUCUGGGAUACAAAAACAGAAGAAAAGAACCUCCUUUUAGAGGGCCACUUGGCGGAUAUUUACAAGUGUAAAUAUUUUCCAUCCGGAAAAGUUAUAAUUUCCUGUGGAAGUGAUAUGCUGUUAAAAAUUUGGUGCCCGUUCACAGGAAGGUGUGCUGUUACCCUGUCUGGUCAUAAACUAGCUGUGACUGACAUUGAUUUUAUCAGUCGUGGGAAAAACAUUGUAUCAGUAAGCAAAGACGGUACGGUAAAACUGUGGAAUUGUGGUGAUGGCUCAUGUAUUGCGGAUGUUGCCCAGGCUUCAUCAGUGAUUAAUUGCUGUGAAGUUAUACAAUCACCCCCUGAAUUGAAAUUAAACGAACCUCCAAAUUACUUACAUGAAAAAGAAGUUCUCACAGAGGGAAAAGUCGUUUUAUUUGGCUGUGAAGAUGGCACGGUGAGUUGCUCAGCAGUGAAAAGCCGUUCAAGGAUCAACACAUGGAGAUUUGACAGCCCCGUUAAUUGCCUGACAUACGUAGGGGGCAACAAAUUUGUCAUCGGAUGCCAGAAUGGAACUAUUGCUAUGUUUAAGCUUUCAUCCCAAAGCACUACGCCACUGAGGAGUUGGAAAGAAUCGCACAGUGCUGUGUUGUCUCUGUUGAAUUUUAAAGAUACCGGAUUCAUAGCUUCAAGAGCGGAUGGAACCGUAUCUUUCUCAUUUAUCAACAGCACAUCUGUAGCGAUUUCUCUUACGGGAUCAAAUUUUGAUCCAGUUAACUGCCUAGCAUUCGAUGGCAACAAUGUAUAUACAUGCUGCAGGGAUAGCUUUGUUAGAAAGUACUCAGUUGCAAAGAUUAUUGAUGAUGUUGCUCAUAAUAUACUAUAAAUAUAUUCUGUAAUUUUUACA